CUUCCUUCUACCACGUCGAUGAAUACGUCAAACAUCCUACCUACCGCGACUGGCGCCUCACCCACCCAAGCAUGCCUUACCACGCCUACUGGGUCUUCAGGCCAAUGCGAUGAAGCGGGAAUUGCACCACAAACAAAGGUUGGGAUUGGUGUCGGUGUCGGACUCGGUUGUGCAUUCCUCAUCGCCCUGGCUGCUAUCAUCUGGUAUUUCCGUCAUCAUCAGAAAGCUUCAAAUGCGACAAGCACGCCACCUGCUUGGUCUCCACCAGAUCCCUCGCAAGACUCUUCCAAACAGGGGCCUAUAACUCAACAGCCACGGCCUCCAGUUGAAGUCCCCGGUGACUUUGCAGUUGAAGCUCCUAGUGAUCGUGUCAGAUAUGAGUUGCCGUCGUGAAAUUUACACCAAUAUAUACGGUUAUGACAUAAUAUCAAGAAGGUUGGAUACUUGAACAGCGUUAGACAUUUGAUUGA